UAGCUUAAGAAAAUCUAUAUUUGCGGCCAUUUUGUUGUGUUUUAUAUGAGGAUAAGAUGGAUAAGGAACAGAAAAAAAGGAUAACUUCAAAUAUAACUUUUUUGAAGGAAAGACUUGGAUAUUUAGAUCCGAUUCUUGAAAGACUAGUAGAUAAAAAUGUUAUAACCGUCGAACAGAAAGAUAGGGUGGAGAAAGUUAGCCCUCCAACACCACACAGAAAAUUUAAUGAAUUCAUUCAGUUGUUACUCAACUCACACGACCCUAACUCCUUCAAUAUUUUUAUUGAAGUAUUGGAAGAUGAACGAUUUUUCAACAUUGUCGAAAAACUGCAAAAAGAUAUUUCUACACGUACAACUAGUCGUGCAAAAUCUUCAUAUGCACGUGAGAGUGCUAUAUCCAGUGUAAGCGUUCAGCAACAGAGACCACCAACAAGUCAAUCAACAGUACAGCCCAGACGACAACAACAGACAUUUAACCGAGCUAAAACACAAGUCAACACACCGUCAGGACCAUUUGACUAUGACUUUGAAGAACAAGUAGUUAUGUCUCCUAUGGGUGAUUAUGGCGGGGCAUCGGGAGGAGUUUAUGACAGUUAUUGUCCAUCUCCAAACAUACCUGAACGAACCGGUUCAGGUUCUUAUGCUGAUAAGGUGACGUCUGCAAUAGGAUCAAUGUUUGCCGAAUUUAGCGGGAAACUAACCAAUGAUUUGUUGGAUGGAUUCGAUAGACGUCGUCAUGAAGAGAGAGUUGAUCUUGAAAUCCGAAUGGAAAAGAAAAUCGACGAUGCGAUAGAAAACAAACUUGAUGAGAAAAUCAAAACUUUUCAAACAGGAUGGGAGAAAGAAAAAACGGAAAUGAUAGAAAGAAGCGAACUGGCUCUUAACCAAUUGCAAGACACCAUUGAAAACAUGAGAGCUCAGUCCGAUGCUUAUAUGGAACUGAAGGCUAAAUAUGACCAGCUGCAACAGACACACUCACAGAUGAGAGAUAAGGAGAAUGAAAGAUGGGGGCGUCUUACAGCAGUCAAUAAAGAAAAUUCUGGACUUAAGAAUGAUGCAGAGGUUUUGAGAACGGAGUUAAUGCUUGUACGGGAGCGAGUUGACGAACUGGAAGCUGAUAAUAGAGCUCUUAAAGAUAAUGAAAUACAAGACCAGCAUCGUAUAAACCAACUAUUGGCAGAGAAAGAGGAUAUUAUUCUUGAGCUAGAAAGGGCAGAACGAGAAAAGAUUGAUUUGAAGAAUCGAGUUGACACAAUGGGAAGAGAGAUCGAAAAACUGAUGUACCAACAAAAUGAACGUGCAAUGAAAGAUGACCGUGCGUACCAAGAAGCCCUCAAGAAACAAAAUGAGCGAUUAGAUGAAUUAUAUAAAGUAGUUCAGGCCUUGACAGAGAGGGAACGACAAUCAAAGAGUUUAUUCAUUGGAGGGAAUUCGUUGUCAAAGACACAACGCGGAUCGGCUCAAGUAAAUAGAACAAAUAGAUAGGACCAUCUGUUUUCGUUUUCUCAUUUACAUAUUUUAGAGCUCAAGGACUUAUUCUAGAUUGUUAUUGUUAUAUUUAGUUUGUUAUCAAGAAUUUUAGUACAGGAACCAAAAUUUCUACUUAUUUCAUGUGUGUAUAUUCUGUAAUGAACUUUGGUGUCUGUUAUACAAAAUUAUAAGCUUAGUAUCGUUGACGAGUUUUAGAUACUUCACAAAAUAUCCAGUAAAAAGACUUUUUUCGUAAUUAUCACUAACUUUUUGUAUGAAUAUCUAUGUUAUACAAUAGAUAUAGGAAGAUGUAAUGUGAACCGGAUUUAUUCUCUCACGGUUUGAUAACCAGGCUCUCCGUUUAUAUCCAAUUUAAAUCGCAUAAUAAUUUCGGCAGCUACAUUUAAAAUCAAAAUUGAACAUGUAUGUUCAUGGUGUUAAUUUUUCAAUAUAUCGUUUAAGUUCUUUUGUAAAUACAAGAUAUAUAAGCCUUCUCAGACUGAACGAAUAUAUUUUAAGACAUCCCAAUCAGAGAGAGAAACAAAUGAUAAAAAUUAAUGUUCUUAUGCUGUUAGGUUACACCAAUGUCCCUUGUUUGGAGAGGUGAGCCCUCACAAACAUAAUUAACCCACAAGAUUUAUGUACUUGUCCAUAAUCAGGAGCCUGUAAUUCAUUUGGUGUCAUUGUUUGCUGUCUUUCUUUUUUGUUUUGUUUGUUUAUAGUUUUUAGUAUAAAUCAGGCUAUUGUUUUUUUUAAUUGUUUUCUAUUAUGUCAUUAAGUCCAAGUGUAGCUAUGUUGUCAUAGCUAUGCCCAUACAGUCGUUCUCGUUCGUUGGUGAAAAUAAAACAAGAACCAUUUCAAGUUCGAUAGUUACAUUUCAUUUCAAAUAACAUGGAAUUUUCGCAUUAAAAUAUAUAAUUCUAGCUCAUAUUGCAGCUUUUACAUGUAUAUUUUUGUAGAAACAUAUUGUAAAAAAAUGUGCGUCAAGCCAGAACUGUAAUAUGCAUUUUGUAUUUUGUAAUGUUAAAUUAAUAUAAGGUACAAUUAAUUCUUUCCUUUUUUCCGUUCAAUGUCAUUUAUAUCAUGAUUGUUAAAUAUAUUUACUUUGUUAUUUUGUUAAUACUUCAUACAAUAUUUGUAAUUUUAUUCUAAUAAAUAAGAUAGUUAUCUUU